AUUUGGAGGACAGGUCCACAAGGAACAACCUUCGGUUCAGAGGUAUACCAGAGAUGGUCCAACAUUCUGACCUGGCCAACUACCUGAUGUUCCGAGAGCUGAUACUAGCUACGCACCCAGAACAGCUGGUGACUGAUAGAGUUCACCGCCGUCGGAGACCGAGCAACGGUCAUGUGGGACGUAAUAGCGUGCAUCCAUUUUUACCAUGUGAAAGAGCUCAUUACCAAGGCCUGCAGAAACGCUGCCCUUCCUUAGCCAUACAGCUAUAUCCAAGGCUUUGCAGACUUGUCAGCCACUACGUUGCAGUUUUGGAAAUCGCUGUGACAAAUCAGUGCCAUGCUUAG